AUGGUCAUUCCACGGCCAGGACCAUCACGAAACCGUCUCAUCAGUUACAUUGACCGCAUCUUGAGCGAGAAUCGGCAGCUACGUGCCCACGCCCAUCAUUCACAACCCGAUGGACCGAGCACGUCGAGAUAUCUCGACAGCGCUGACGAUUCGAGAGAGGAAUCGGUGGAGAAUCCGGUCUUGUCGGAGAGACCAUGGUUCUUGCCCAUAGAGUCUUCACGUGUGCCCAUCUUCAUAGGCGAAGUUGCCGACACAGUCUUCGCCACGCGGUUCCGCCAGGUCAUCUCCGAUACAACUCCGAAUCACAUCCCAAGAGUCAAUUACCCAGAGAAUAGCCAGCUUGAGGAGCUAUUAAGGUCACAACUUCCCCAUCCCACGAGGACCGAGGCGAUGUUCCUGCUUCGAUCAGCGCUCUCAAGUAUUGAUGGCUGCCACCAUAUUGUCAGAGCAAGCAUAGAAAGAGACAAUCUGGAGAAGUAUCUAUCCUCCCCUGGCACUCUUGACGUAAUUUUAGAGUGCAAGUUGCUUGCGUUAUUUGCUCUUGGAGACCUCAACGCAAACCGGUGGCAGAAUCGAGCAGAGCAUGUACCUGGGCUGAAUUACUUCGCUCACGCGUUGAAGGCGCACGGCCAAUUGUUCGAAAGACCUUGCAUCGAGUCCCUCGAACUUGACUUAUUGCUGUGUCUUUAUUCCCUCAGCAUCAACCGCAGACACUCGGCCUACCUGUUAGCAAGCUCUGCUGUCCGCUGCGGAACAGUGAUGGGCUUGAACUACAACUUGCCGAGGGGUCAGGGUGUUGAUGACACGACAAGAGAGCAUAUGAGCCGCGUGUGGUGGACUGCGUACAUCCUCGACCAGAACUGCGCGACACUGAGUGGACAGGUCUUUUCGAUAGGAGAUUAUGACAUCUUCGUCGACCUUCCAUCGACUUUGCAUACUGCCGAGGCACCAAAGGAAGAUUUCAGACACACUGAUUACCUUGUUGCGAGAAUCGCCAUGGCGAAGCUUACCAGACAAGCAGUGAAGUCACUCUAUAGCAGGACAAAGCACGAAGUCUCAUUCCUUCAGCGAGUUCAGUCUGCUCUAAAUGGAUUAAAAGAAUGGCUCCAGUCGCUUCCCCAGCAUCUCCAGAUUCAAAACAGUGAAUCUGUAUCAUUCGCUGCCAGAACACUUCAGCUUUUGUUCAAUCAGUGCGCAAUUAUUACGACGCGCCCGGUGGUCCUUCAUGUGCUUCGAUUGCAGACGGCACACGAGCGCAGCGCAUCUACGCCCGCCGAUGUGACACAAAACAUGCAGACUCUUUGCGACGCAUGUCUGCGGUGUGCUCGGCAAUCAUACACUCUCAUCACAGAGCUGUGGAUUGACGGAUCCUUCAAAACAUUCGAUCCCUACCGAACUCGUUAUCUCUUUACAUGUGCCACAGUUUUGGCUGUUUCCAGUGUCCUGCGCGGUCCUGACGGGCAAGGUGACAGUGAUCGAGGCAACUUCGAGCUUGCAGCACAACUUCUGGAGAAGCUGAGUGCUGCGGGCAGCUACACCGCCGCGGAGUACUGUCGCCUGAUCGAGGCUAUAAAGACUGACAUGCAGAUCUGCAUGAGGCGCCAACAACACAGAGAGAAUUCUAUGGCGGAGCAAUCGCACAGUCACGUAAGAAAACACACCCUAGGCAGCUCGUCCGUUUCAAGCCCUCCAUGGCAGGAUAUCCAAGUUGGAAUGGUCUUCUCAGACCCGUCACUAGCGACCUUUCUGACAGAAGACCAACCUUUCUCGGAAGCAAUGGACAUGUUUUUGGAUGACGGGUCACUGGGAAAUGUAUGCUGGCCAUAUGUAGGAGAGUUGUAA